AGAGAGAAGAGAGAGAUGAAGCUGCUACAUAUCCUCUGCUUCUGCCUGUCUGUCCUCGCCUCCACUUGGGCUGAGGACAUAGCAACCUUAUUGAACCCUCGUGGGUCCAGGCCAGUAGAACAUGGCUACAAGGCUGAUAAAUGUGCCACGGAGAGGAAUUGGCCUUUCUGCUCUGAUGAUGACUGGGGUCCUAAGUGCCCGUCAGGUUGUCGUAUCCAGGGACUGUUAGACAAGGCAGACCAUUCCCUGCUGAAGAAGAUAGAGAAGAUUAGGAAGCUCCUUGACCAGAGCAGAGCCAAACACCGCUCUGCCGACCAGGCUUCCAAACAGACCUAUGACUACCUCAAGGAGAAACUCACCUCCAACGCAGGUAAUGACAACAGCUUCUAUGACCUGGCUGAACGUCUCCGUCAGAGGAUUGUUGACAUCAAGAUCAAGAUAGACCGCCAGCUGAGGAUCCUCAACGCUCUGAAGACCAGCAUCAAAGACCAAGUUAUAGAGAUGCAGAGACUGGAGGUGGACAUUGACAUCAAGCUGCGCUCCUGUAAGGGAUCUUGUAAGGGCUAUGCUGAGUUCUCCGUUGAUAAAGAAUCCUACAUGGCCCUGGACAAGCAGAUUGACCAGCUAGAAGCCCAGAGCGUUCAGUCUGUUGAGACCGUCGGUUCGCUGCACGUCAUGAAGAGCCGCCCGCUUAAAGACGUCGUGGUCGACAGCAAAUACAAGUCUAGCCUGGCAGAGGAGCAGAAGCAGGAUUUCUUCCCGGAGGUGAAGAGCGUGAAGCUGACCUUGGAGGCCGAGGGGUCGAGCGCUUCGUCUGCCGCCACUGUCAGCAAGGUCCCGGGUACGCAUUUCAAUCCUUCGACUUCAGGGUCUUCAUCGUCAUCGAGUUCGUCGACGGGAUUGGGGUUGGGGUCGAAGGACUGGCCGAAGAAAACGAUCACAGAGCUGGGUGGUGGUGGGGGGACAAGGGGGGAUGGAGACGGGGAUUUCUUUAAGGGGAUGGGUGGACUUGGCGUAGGGCUGGGGAGUCUCGGAGGCGGAGAGUUCACCUCUACCGGUCACCAGACCAUGACGACGUCGAGCUGUACCAAGACAAUUAGGAAGACGACAGUGCAUACGAAGGACGGGCCGGUGGAACGCGUCGAGGAAGUUUUGAGCGGACCCGGCUGUGAGUCAAUGAAGCUUGGCGGUGGAGGAGGAGGAGGAGGGAUGGGGAAUUCUUCCCAUCCCUCUCUUCUUCCUCUUCCUCCUCUUCCUCCUCCUCAUUCACCAAAACCACGAGCCACGGCAGUACCAAGGGAGGCAGUAGCCUCCUCACCAGCACCAAGACCGGCGGCACCGUCAACGGUUUCGAAGGUGAUCCAUUCGGAAUGGAUCUUGGAGUGUUUCUGCAUGGGAACACGGAAGACGAUGUCCCGGAUUUCCACGCCCACAGCGUGAAAACUAGCGUCCGGGCCAAGCGGCAGGCAGAUAAUGUGGGAAAAGGUACAUCUGACCUGGAAUAACUGCCCACCAUUUCACCUAGCUAGCCGCUGUUAGCCACUGUUAGUAUCUUAGCCUAGUGGCAAUUAGCAUGUUAGCCUCCAUUAGCACCUUAGCCAAACUGACAUUAGCAAUUAGCACCUUAGCCUAGCGGCCGUUAGCAGUGAGCUUCUUAGCCAGCAGCUCUUAGCGUCAUAGCUAGCAGUGAGAAGUGAAACAUUGCUAUUUUUGUCAUAGCUCAAAGCAAAUCCCAGAAUAUGAUCAACAGUAGCCUAAUUAAUAAAGAUUUGUAAGGUAGUUCAGCCAUUGCUCAUAUGAUUUUUUUGUGGUAAUAAAAAAAUCGAACAAAUUGUAUGAAACGUUACAGAGAUACUGUAUAAGAUAUGCUGUACUAUACAUAUUACUGUUUUCUCAACCGCUCCUGGGCUGACUACCAGAAGGGGUUCAGAGGGGGAAAGGGGAGGUAUGGCUGGGUUUAAAGCAUCUCCAUCUUCUGACUUAGGAGGAUGGCAACUGAGGGUAGAGAAAGAAAGAAAGAAAGAAAGAAAGAAAGAAAGAAAGAAAGAAAGAAAGAAAGAAAGAAAGAAAGAAAGAAAGAAAGAAAGAAAGAAAGAAAGAAAGAAAGAAAGAGGUGGAGAGAGAGAGAGAGCUAUUGCUGACUGUUGAUUCUGUGAGUAGAUGAUUAAAUGUGACUGUGUUUUUUCUGACCCUGUGAAUGAUGUCAAUGCACUGAAUGUUCAUGUAAAAACAAACAACCGGGUAACCUCUGAACCCACCAUGUACUGCUAAUGUUCAAAUAGCUGUUCUAAGAACAGAAGGGGUUCUAAGAACUACGUUAGAACUUCUGUUAGAACGUCUAAACCGAGCUACUGAUCAAACAAUAAAGAUGUGUUCACUUCAA